AUGGUCUUUCGCAUCGCGCUCUUCGCCACUAGAGACAUCAAGGCAGGCACCGAACUGUUCUUCAACUACAACUAUCCCAAGGAGAAAACAGAGCAAUUCAAACAGCCUAAUGCCAAGAUCGUCGCGGUCAAACAAACCAAGCAAAAGACGAAGAAAAGGGAGUCACUCACCAGUCUGAGCCAGCCCAUCGAGGACCGCUCACGCAUCCUUGCCGCCACAGCAAAAGCCAGAGAGGCAAAAGCUGCGAAGCGGAAAGAGGCCAUGCUGCAAGACGGCGGUGUUGAGCCGGCUACAAGAAGGCGGUCUGGGACACUUCAAGCACGAAAGGCAGCUACGAGCAAACCCGGACGCAAAGCAGUGCGAAAGUCCAAGCGCGGAGGGCUCAAUAGGAACGAGUCCACAGGUUCAGAUACGGGUAUGGAUGUAGAGGCAAGCGACCCCGAAAUCCCCGAAAUUCCUCCCGUCAUCGAGUCGCAGAGCACUCAGACUAGUCUGUACGUCCAGGACACGGAGGCGGAAGACGACGAGUUCAUCUUGCCGGAUACCCAGGAAGACGAAGAACAGGAUGUGGCUGAGCCGGCCUAUGAGGACGAUGAACCGCCCGGUCGAUCUACGAGGUCUCGUCGUGGGCCUGGUCGACCACGUAGGAGGGGGUCGGAUGUGGCGCCGGUGGUUGCGGUCAAGCAGGCGGUUAAGCAGGCGGUCAAGCAGAAGAAGUCGAAGAUGGGUGGUGCACGACCAGGUGCUGGCAGGAAGAGAAAACGACCCGUUAUUGCUAACAGCGAUGAUGAGUGA